UAUUUCAUAAUAAUCAACUUAAGAAAAACGUUCAUUUUAGUUUAAUAUUCGCACUUUUAAAUAAAUAACUUGAAGUCCACUCGUUAAUUAAUUAUGUUCAAAAUACAGAAUACUAUCAAAUAUACUACUUAUAUUUUGUUAACGUUGUGUAUCAGUAAUGUCAUUUCUAUGAAACUUUCAAAAAAUUAUAAACGAUGUAAUUUAAAAAGUCCGUAUAUUAACGAUUGUAUUAAUAGAUCAUUAAAUCAAAGUUUUCCAGACAUAGCAAAAGGUGUGCCUAGUCUAGGUUUAUUUCCUCUUGAUCCACUCUUUAUCCCAAGUAUUGACAUAAAACAAGGCGGUAAUAGAAUUGUAAGCGUAGAUAUGAAAUUUAGAGAUGUUAAUAUCACCAAUCUCCUAUCGACUGUACUUAGAGAUGUCCAUGUGGAUGUUAAUAAUAACAAUGUUUCAAUGAAAUUUAUGAUGACAAAAACAAUUGUAAUGGAAAGUUAUUAUGAUUUAAUAGGAAAAGUUUUUGGAUCGCCUAUUUCUGGAAAAGGAACGUGCAGAUUUGACUUUGAAAAAAUUAAAAGCUCUGUAAAAAUUCAAUUUCAAAGAACUGUAAAAAAUAAUAGACAUUAUCUAGUCCCUCAAAAUGUAAAUUAUGUUUUUACUACAUCAAGAAUAUACAUUAAUUUUGACAAUCUGUUUAAUGGAGACAAGAAUCUAGAAAAUACUAUGAAUGUAUUUUUAAAUGAAAACUGGCGAGAACUAUCAUCAGAUAUCCAAUCUGUAAUGGAAGAGGCAAUCAACUCAAUUAUAUACGGUUAUAUAAGUAGAUUUUUCGGUGAAGUACCUAUGGAUGAAAUUUUUGUUAAUCACUUAUAAGAUUGUAAAUGUGAAAUGUUUUGUUAAAAUUUUUCAUACUUAUAUCAUUUAUUAUGUUGUAAUUUUUUAAUAAAAUAUUGAAAAUAGAUUAAAAUUCAACUAAAAAUAAAA